AUGAAAAAAUUAUUUAUUUUUUGCUUUUUAUUUUUAAUAAUAGGGCAAUUGAUAAAUGUUAUAAAUACUUGUUUAUGCAAUACUUUAAUGACUCAGGAAGAUAAAUAUUGUCAUGCUCAUUGGGUUGCUCAUCUUCUAAUACUUGGAAGUAAAACUAUAGAUAAACAACAACAAUAUAAUGUUAAAUAUUUAAAAGUUUAUAGGGAUACAAAAGGAAUAUUGAAUGGAACAAAUUUAGUUUAUUUUUAUGCCCAAUUUCCAGGUUGUGGAAUUUAUUUAAAAGAAGGAACUGAAUAUUUAAUUUUUGGAAGUUACACAAAUGGAAAAUUUCCAAUUAAUUUAAAUAAAUGUUUAACUAAUUUGGAAUGGAAUAAUGUUAAUGGAGCUUUUAGGGAAUCUUUAAAUAACGGGUAUUUUGAUAAAAUUUGUGAAGCAAGUGAACAAAAUAAUGAUGAUUAA